AUGGCUGUCCCAAAGGCAAAUGUGCCUCUGGAUGUGAUCGUUGUCGGGGCGGGCAUUGGCGGCAUGGCCGCAGCCCUGACGCUAGGCUUGCGGGGACAUCGAGUCACAGUGCUCGAGGCCGCGCCGAAGCUCAUGGAGGUUGGAGCUGGUAUCCAAGUUUCUCCGAACAUGUUGCGUCUUUUUGACCGUUGGGGUGUCUCAGACUUGAUCCACGCUCAAGAUGUGGCUUUAGAACAUAUCCAUGUACGACGGUGGGAGGAUGGAAGACUCCUCGGUACCAUGCCUGUGAACAAGACGUUUGGCCAACAGGUGGUUAUUCACCGUGCCGACUUGCACAACGCCCUUAUCGAGAAAGCAUUGGCCCUCGAUAAUGUUAAAUUGCGAGAGAAUUGCUUUGUUUCAAGCGUCGAUUUUAGCCCUGCAUCCGUCACACUCGCUGACGGCACCGUCGUUCGCGGGGAUAUUGUCAUCGGCGCCGACGGCAUCAAGUCUACCAUACGUGGCCACCUGUUGGAAGACCCAAAUAUCGAUGCCAUUGCCACUGGAGACGCGGCAUACCGGAUCAUGCUACCCCGCAGCAUCAUGGAGAAAGACUCAGAGCUGAAGAAGCUUAUCGACGAGCCCCAAGCGACUCGCUGGCUGGGCCCUGCGCGCCACAUAAUCGCUUACCCGGUACGCAGUCAUGAGUUGUACAACGUCGUUUUGCUUCACCCAGACCGGCAAGAGGUUGAGGAGUCGUGGACCACAAAGGGCUCGAAGCAAGCAAUGGUCGAUCACUACACAGGGUGGGAUCCUAUUGUCCGAAAGCUUAUCGACCUAGUUGUGGAAGACGAGGUUCUCGAAUGGAAGCUGUGUCUCCAUCGGCCACUACGAACUUGGAUCCGGGGUUCAGUCGCGCUGAUUGGCGACGCGUGCCAUCCGAUGCUGCCCUAUGUCGCACAAGGAGCGGCCCAAGCCGUCGAAGAUGCAGCUGCGCUGGGCGUCCUAUUGUCCAAUAUCACGUCGCGACAUGAGAUCCCGAGCGCCUUGCAGGUGUAUGAGAAAACCAGAAAACAACGCGCAGAGACUGUGCAGCAGUCUGGCACUGAGAACCGAGUCGCACUGCAUCUGGCCGAUGGACCCGCGCAGCUCGUCCGUGACGAACAGUUCCUGGCAUCAGCAAACGGAUCCAACCCGGACAAAUGGAAUGAUCGCGAGACGCAGAACUUUCUCUGGGGGUGGGAUGCCGAGAAGGUGGCACUGGAUGCCUGGAACGAGUUGGUAAAGGGUGAAAAGAUGAACGCCAGCUUGUAA